AUGCCUGUCGGGGCUACGAUGCAUCAGCCUCUUCGCCGCAGCGCUCGCCACCGAGGUCGGGACCCUGUCAUGGUUGCCGUGGGAGAGACUCUGGCAGAAGUCCAGCCGAGUACUUUUCCAAGAGGAAGCAUUGUGAAACAAAUCUCUAGUCCUGCGAUCCCCCCUAAACCAGAGACCGGGAAGAUCAAGACGGAGCCGCCGGAUACCAUUGUCGACGAUGGGUCGGCUCACGGUAGCGUGCUCGACAGCAAACCGUCCACUCUCGGCACGAGAAAGCCAAAGUCGUUCUUGGCCAACGGUCGCCGGUCCCCAUUUCCAGAUUUCACCCGUCCUACGUCGGACGAGUGUGUCGUUGCCCACCGCAUCCUUGCCGCACUUCACGGCGAUCGUCCUAGGCCGGACAAGGUGAUUGCGUCCACCGUCACAGCCGGCUGCGGUGCUUCGCCGUCGGUGCUUGAUGCCCUCAUCCGCACUAUUCUGUCGCAGAAUACGAGCGACAAGAACAGCUCCCGAGCGAAGCAGAGCAUGGAUGCCGUGUAUGGCGGCAGCGACAAGUGGGAGGCCAUCGUGGCUGGUGGUCAGCCCAAGCUGCAGCGGGCCAUCCACUCGGGCGGCCUCAGCGUCAUCAAAUCCAAGGUCAUCAUCGGCAUCCUCCAAGAAGUCAAGGUCCGCCACGGCGUCUACUCGCUCGAUCAUUUGUUUCGGGCGUCGGACGAAGACGCCAUGCGCGAGAUGCUCUCGUUUCAAGGCGUCGGGCCCAAGACAGCCAGCUGCGUGCUGCUUUUCUGCCUCCAGAGGCCGAGCUUCGCCGUCGACACGCACGUCCAUCGCAUCGCCGGCUUGCUCGGCUGGCGACCCGCUGCAGCCACGCGUGAAGCAACACAGGCGCACCUCGACGCCGUCGUGCCCGACGAGGAAAAGUACCCGUUGCAUGUCCUCCUCGUCCAGCAUGGGAAAGUAUGCCACGAAUGCAAAGCUGGCGGAAAGAAGAUCGGCAAGUGCGAGCUGAGUAGGGCCUUCGGAACAGGCCAGCUCGAGCAUCGGGAAGGAAGCCUGGCGAGCACUCGAGGGUGA